CAGCCGGGGCCGCCUUCCCGCGGCGGCGAGGGCCGGGAGAAGAUGGCGGCGGCCGCGGGCUGGGCCCUGCUGGGCCUGGCGCUGUGGCUGUGCGCGGCAGCCGCGGCCGGCGAGCCGGAGGGGAAGCGGCGGGCGGGGCCGGCCAAGAAGAAGGACAUUCGGGACUACAACGACGCGGACAUGGCCCGGCUGCUGGAGCAGUGGGAGAAAGAUGAUGACAUUGAAGAGGGAGAUCUUCCUGAACACAAGAGGCCUCCAGCACCAAUAGAUUUCUCAAAAAUUGAUCCGGGCAAGCCUGAAAGUAUCCUGAAGCUGACGAAAAAGGGGAAGACUUUGAUGAUGUUUGUCACUGUGUCGGGAAAUCCCACAGAAAAGGAGACAGAAGAAAUUACUAGCUUGUGGCAGGGCAGUCUCUUCAAUGCAAACUAUGAUGUGCAAAGGUUUAUUGUUGGCUCAAAUCGUGCCAUCUUUAUGCUACGCGAUGGCGGUUAUGCCUGGGAGAUCAAAGACUUUCUGAUAAAUCAAGAAAGGUGUGCAGAUGUUACUCUGGAAGGUCAGGUUUAUCCUGGAAAAGGAGCAGAAGAAAAUGAGAAAGGGAAAAACAAAACAAAACCUGAAAAAGCAAAGAAGAAAAAAGAUGCAGACAAGAAAUCUAAUGGCAUCAAAGAGGACAACCGAGCAACCAAACAGAGAGAGGAUCUAUGAUGGACGCGUUAACCAGACUGGAUACUGCUCUGCUGCUGCUUGAAGGGAAACUAAAUUUCUGUACAAUUCCUGGGUUUAUUGGAGUGGAAGGAAGGAUGCAGAGAUUACUGAGGUUGAAAGACUUUUAUGUUGAAAUUCACCAGUUUACUUAUU